GGGUUUAGACAUUUUUGUUUUUCUUCUUUAAACUAUGUUAUACUUUUUAUUAGUUAUUAUCCAUUGCAUUUCUACAAAAAUAUGUUAAAUUUGCAUUCAUGUAGUUAUGUCACUUGUUUCUGAAUUUAUGUUCUUUUCUUUCUUUUGGGUCAUGCUUUUGGUUGCUGCCCAUAAUUUCUCGUAUGCGAACCCUUCCUUUGAAGAUUUAUGAUGGUCCCUUAUCAUUUUGUCAUGAUGUCCAUGUUUUGAUUUCUAUUGCAUUUAUAUAAAUUAGGCUUAAAGAGACAGGAGAUCCUGUAUGGUAGAAUGCUGGAAAUACAACUGGCCGGAGUAGUGAAUGGUGGAAAAAUGACACAAACUCUAGCUAUGGCUGGCCAUUUGUCGUUGAACACUCUGAUUUUAAAUGUCAAACUGUUUAUGAAUUUUUUAUUCUGGCAACUUUAUGUCGUAUGCAUUGGAUGCUUUUGCGAUGAAUUUUGUUUCAGUUCUUUUAAAUAGCUUGCAUUCCAUAUUUCUAUGACUUUGCCUUCAUAUCUUGAUAUUAUCUGUUACAGCAAUCAUAUGCCUUAAUAAUCUGUUGAAAUUACAUUAAUUGAUUCAAGCAUAUUAUGUAUAAUAUUUUAUUUACAUCACAAGUGAUCUUGCUUUAAAUAUUUUUUUGGUACUCAUUAAAGCAUCCUCCAUAGGCUCAGCACACAGGUUACAGAGGUUUUGCUGAUACUAGAAAGCAAGUGGAGCAGAACAUACCAUCGGGAAAACUAUAUAGAUUGUGGAAUCAAAAUUCUCAUAGAGGAGGGUUUACUCGGAAUUUGGUUCCUGGUACUCCGAGAAAGAUCAAUACCAACAAAAUCAAGUGGAUGGUAUAUGAGUUCCCUCUUGUUUCUUGAUUGAUUUAGUCAUAACAGAUGCAGGAAUCAGUCACGAAUUCCGCAUCGUAAGGGACAACAGAGUGAGCCAAAAUGUUAAUAAGGAUGCUUUGCAAGAAGAAAAUAAGCAAUUAGUUCCUGGCAAUGAGCAAACUAUGCCAGAUGUUCCAGAGAAGAGCUCUACCAGAGUUCCCUCUGAUCAAAAGCACUCUGUUUCUGCAAAUUCAGACGAGUGUCUUAUAUCAGCAUAUUUUGAUGAGUCCAGUCAUGUACCUGAUUAUGUCCAAGAUGAAAAGUCAAGUGGUACAAAAAGUCCAUCACAACAGGACAAGUGUGAAGCAAUAGCAUCCGUUGUACAGAAUGAAACACAGACUUCAGGGUUACCAAAUAGCUUUAUUGGGAUGUCCUCUUCAUCUUCAGAUCCAGUUCAUGUUCCAUCUCUUGAUUCUGCAUCAGCUGGUAAAGUGGGGGCUAUUCAGCGCGAAGUUGGAGUAGUUGGCUUUCGAAGACAGACUUCUGAUCAUCCUGAAAAUCGUUCAUCUGUUUCAAAUAGCUUCCUCUCAAGUUCUUUAUCAGGAAAGAAUAUUUGUUUCUCAGUGGAAUCAACUGGACAUCAGGCUUACACAUCUAAGAGUCAUUCACUAAACCAAAUUUCUCCAUCAGCCGCCGAUCUGUAUAGCAUGUCCUUAAGCAUACAAUCACAGGGUUUCUACCACAAUAGCAGAUUACACCAACAGUCUCUGAGUCAGCAGAAAGCUGUUCAGCCCAUCAUGAAGUGGAAGCCUAAAACUAGACCAAAACCCAAUAUUGUCAACAAUGGUGUGCCUGGAAUUACUUCAGCUUCUCCAUCUUGUGCUGUUAGUUCUUGUGUCUCACGACCAGUGGGAAAAACCAGAUCUGAGAAAUUGUCACAAGAUUGUAGUUUGGAUAGUCAACAUGUGAUCAUACCACAGCAUCUUCUAGUGCCACAGUCAGAGUGCAUGCAGCUGAUAUUUGGAAGUUUUGGUACUGGGUUUGACACAUCCAAGGGGUUUGCCUCUGUUCCUCAUCAAUCAGGAAGUGCAGAGCAGUUGGAUGACGAACCUUCUGACAGUAUGUUUGCACCAGUUCCAGUGGAAAAUGUAAUUUCUGCAGUUUGCAGGGACAGUCUGCAUGACCAGUCUAGUACUUCGCCAUGUGGCUCUUCUGUGUCAGCUGCAGAAUCACAGGAGCCACCACCUGAAAAUAAUGGUUGUGUAAGUCCUCAAACUAUUCAGACUUAUGAUGAUAUUAGAUUGGUGGAGAGCAACAGCCCUCCUUUCAAUACACAGGAAGAGCAGCAGCUACAAAAUCCUCAUAGCUUGCCAAGUUUCUCAGCAUAUGACAACCAAAGUAGUUAUGAUGUCCCAUUUUUCAAAACAGUAAUGCAAGAUAAUGUACAUGCUCAAGGUUCAACUUCAUCAUCAGAGCAGGUCUUGAGUUUUCAUGCCGCCUGUAGCAGUUUUUCUAGUUUGGCCAUGGCACAGCAGCAACAACUUGUUCAGCAGCAGCAGCCGAUUGUGCAGCUGUACCCACAAAUUCAUAUGCCCCAUUUUCCAAACUUUGUGCCUUAUCGUCACAUUAUUUCUCCAGUUUAUGUUCCACAAAUGGCCAUGCCAAACUAUGCCAGCAACCCUGGGUAUCCUCAUCCCUCCACUGUGAAUAGUUAUGUUCUGAUGCCUGGAGGAAGCCCACACAUACUGGCAAGCAAGUGUGCAACCACACAGUAUAAACCAAUUGCUGCUGGCAACCCAACCGGGUGUGGAACCUACACCAAUCCUGCUAGUUUUGCCAUCAGUUUCCCUGGUGCUGUCAGUAACACAACAAGCCAAGAAGACUUGAACAGUGUCAAAUACAAAGACAACAAUGUCUUUGUUCCAAACCCACAGUUGGACACAUCUGAUAACUGGAUUCUGACGUCACGAGAGCUUCCAAACUUACAGUCAGCACCAUAUUAUAGCCUAUCAGGGCAAGCACCACAAUCAGCAUUCUUGCCUGCCCAUGCUGAUCAUGCUGCUUUUAAUGCCACACGAAAUACUUCUCAUGUGCAGUACCCAGGCUUGUACCCUCAACCUCAGCCAACCUCCAUGGUGAAUUCACAUCACUUGCUGCAGCAGCAGGUCCCACCAGCCAUAGGUGGGAGUCUUGGACUCGGCAUCGCAUCUCCUGGGCCACAGGUUGGUAACCGUCAGCAGACCCAGCUUGGACACCUCAACUGGGCAGCCAAAUUUUGAAGGAAGAAAUCAGUUUGUUGUUAGGGCUGAAGUAGGUUUAUAUAUGCAUAAAUGCAUAAGUCUUGUUUGUAAUGGAAAACAAGCUUUUCACAUUUUAAUAACUGGACAGUUUUUCUGAAUCAGUAGAGCUUUACUUCUUGUUUUCUUUUCA